AUGUCAAGCAUCCGUUGUCUGAGGGAGAAGGAGCGCGACGUGCUAGAUGAGUGGCUUGUUAAAAAUAACAUCGUGCUAGAUGCCCGUACACGUCGCGAGUUCUCGGACGUGCUGCCUGUGGCAAAGAUCCUGAAGAACAAGUAUGGCCGCCUGGUGCAACUGCAAUACUAUGUUCCCCGCAGCAGCCAAGCCUUGAAGUUGGUCAAUUGGAUUGUCUUCAAUGAAAAGGUCCUUAAGUGCUUACAUGUCAACCUUUCGAGAGAAACCAUGGAGGACUUGUCUAAGGGAAGUACUUGGGCACUCGAUUCGCUGCUGUAUUUUAUUGCAACAGGCAAAAAUCCGGGCUUGGGACGCUUCGUGGCUAGGCCGCGCUCGUUCAGCAUGCCCAAGCAGCAGAUAAGCGUUGUGACUGAAACCCAGAUUUAA